AUGAGUUAUGUAAGUGUAGGGGAUUUAGUUUUAGUACACGGUGAGCCAGGAAUUGUUCGCUUUACUGGAAGUACCAAUUUCGCGUCUGGAAUCUGGCUCGGCGUGGAAAUGAUUGACAAAAUUGGACGACAUGAUGGAUCAGUUCAAGGGAAACGUUAUUUUACGUGUGAAGAAGGAAAGGGCAUAUUUAUAAGAGCAUGUUCAAGUAGUGUUAGAAAACAAACGGCCAAAUGUCGAGGAAUAUCUGAUGCAAAGAAAGCAAAGCCAUUGGAAAAGCAGACUCCAACAAAACCUUCCUAUAAGGCAAAGGAAAACCAGCUUAAAAAAGUUAGGUCACAAGGAAAGGAUGAAAAAAACAAAUCUGUCUGGCCAAGCUUGAGUGUGUCCACUCCCACGAAAACUGAAGACUCAAACGUUUCUACACCUUUCCUUGAACUAAUAGAAGAUUCCGAAACAACGCUGAUUUCAAUUGGGAGCGAUUCGUUAGAAAAUACUCCGAUAAACGAAAUUUUUGAAAAUGAUAAAAGAGCAUCCAUUGAUUUUACUAAUUCUCACACAUCAGCUCCCCAUUUAUUGUCAGAAAAAAAUACAAUAAUCGAAAGCAACACAAAGUUUCAGCUAAAACUUGAAAUAGAAACUUUGCGCAAAGAAUUAAAUGAAGCUGAUAACAGCUUGAAUUAUUACAAAGCUUCCUACAACAAGGCUAAUGAACAAUUAAACGAAAGGUGUAUGAAACUAGAAGAACUUAAUAGGGAGAAAGAAACCAACUCGGCAUGGAGAAAUAUACGCCCAAAGCUUCAAAAAAAGAUGCUUUCUAUGCAGGAGGAAAUCGAAAGACUAAAGCAGCAACUUAAAAGUUGUAAUGCUCAAGGUCAUGGAAUUGGGACACCAUGUAAGGAAUGUGAGAAUUUUAAUGCGAAUGAGCUUGUUAUAAAAAAUUUGACUACAGAAAAGUCUGCGAAUGUUCUAGCGACUUAUGAACGCGCAGGGAAAAACCACGGAGAUGAAGAUUACAUAUGCUACAUUGAAGAAAUAAGAAAGGAAAACCUUGAGUUGAAAACUCAAAUUGAAGAUCUUCAACUAUUAAAAGAGCUUUCUGAUGAGAUUGAACGAGAUCAAUUUGACAAGAUAGUUUCUUUGGAAAAAGAGAACCAGCAAAAAGGCGAUCUCCUUACAUUUCUUGAGAAUGCCUUUUCUUUUAACGUGGAAACUACGCAAACAGAGACACUGCAAAAAGAGCAAGCAAAACAUCAAAGCUGUGAUUCAAAGGUGUCAGAGAUAGGUACAACUACGGAACUUACACUGAGGAGUCUUCAUAAUCUAAUACAGGCGACACAAGAAUGUUACGAGCUCAAAUUCAAAACUUUAGAGAAAAUGUAUUUAGACGAAGAAUCUAGCAACGCUUUAAAAGUGUCGUUUAUGCUUUUUUAUAUCCAGAAUGUUUCUUUGUCUUUAAAUGAAAGCAUCUACAAUAAAAUUGACUGUGCAAAAAGUGAUAGUCGACAACUUCUUCUGGAUUUUAUUGAGCCAUGGUACUAUACUAUUUCAAUCGCCCAAUGGAGCAAAUGGUUAGUUGGAUUUACUUGUAAAAAUGGAGUUGAAGCUUUAUCUUCCGAUGCACUACUAAAAAAUACAAUCGUUAACGUUUUCUGUUUACUUGAUGUUUAUGUUAAGUAUCCGGGCGAGUCUAAAUUAGAAAAUCUUCAAAACAGUUGGAGCAAAAUUGAAAACUGGGUAAAAGAACGGGUCAUUGCAGGUGAGUUUGACCCAUACAAUGAGUACCGCCUCUGCAAAGAGCUUUUAAAUUCCGUGUUUCUUAUAAAUUUGGUUAUCACAAACACCGAUCAGUCUCAGAAUCAUGAUGUGAUCCGUGUACCAAGUGAAAUGACUGAGAUAGGAGCUAUAACGGAAGACAUACAUUUAUUUUUACGCCAAAAAAGUAAGAUUGGGAAGGUGUUUUUCCCAAAUGAGAAGGUAAUAUCAAUGGAUCAUUCAUUAUUGGCAGGAGAAUUGUUUUUUAAGUCUCGAAGUCAGAAGCCGCACACUCAAAUCACUUAUUUGCGAAUAGUAGAUGAUUGGAAGAAGAGUUUCCAAAAAAUUAAGGGAAGCUUACAGGAGUUUCAAUCUUAUAUCUCUGAAAAUGAUGAUACAGUUUUUCUUGAUACUGACCCUUAUUAUUUUUGGGACGUUGUACUUAAGGCUUUACCUUCUCCUUCAGAAAAUACAAAAGGGAAUAGCUCACUCAAGCUAGUACUUUCAGAAAAAAAUGAGCUGAUUAAUCAUUUAAAGGUUCAGGUUGAAAGGCUGAAUAAACAGGUAAUGCAGAAAGAAGUAUUAAAAGAAAAGAUCAAUAGUUAUGAACUUCUGGAGAAGGACCUUCGGGAAGAAUUAUUCAAAGCAAAAGCUGGUCAGAAAAGCUUCUGUGAUGCUGAUCACCUUAAGAAAAUCGAGCUCGAGAAGAAGCAACUAGAAGAAAUGUUCAAACAAAAUGAAUUGACCAUUCGCAUGAAAUUUCAGGAAAUUAUCAAUAAAUUUAAACAGGACUUAAACAAAGCUAGGAAAGAGGUUUUAAAUGCUAACCAGAAUCAAAAUGAAGACUAUGGAUGGUUAUUUAAGUCUCUAAAACAUGAGGAUCAUGUUGCCAAAGAUGACUAUAUUAGGAUUCCUCAACAAUUACAUACUCUCGCAUCUAAGAUAAAACCUGUUUCGGUGGAUGGUUACUUUCAUCCCAAACAGAAUAAAAAUAGAAAUGACUAG